UUUUUCAGGUUUUACAAUGACAGAAAAUAACGAAAAUUUUGACGACAAAAAGGAUGCCAAAACCGACACUUCAACAGCUUUAUUUGAUUCGUCUUCUUCAGAGCAACAACAACCACAAAUGACUUACAGUCGUGAAGAAAUGCUUGCUUUGAGAGACGCGAGGUUGAGCAGAAUUAGACCGCCUGAACUUUCACGAGAUUUCGACAGUGAUAAGGGACUCUUCUCUCCUGAUAAGUGGGUGCAAUAUAAAUGGCAAUGUGAAGGUGUUGAACCUCGUGGAAGGCGUCGAAAUAAUAAUAAUAAUUCUGUGCCGGUUACGGGCAGUAAUGCUUUGCCGUUGGCUGCAAUGUCAGCUGGGGCAAAUCCAAAGACUUUGAGUUCAAUAUUGGAGUCUACUAUAGCUGCAACUAAAAAUGAUGAUUUUUUGGACAAUCACCACACUUUGUUGUCACCACAGAGACGGGGAUUCUCUUCUGGAUGUAAAGCGGCAUCUCCGCCAAAGUCGGCCGACAAAUCUCAUCAUCAACAACCAUCUUCUAGCCGUUCCCGUUGGCAAAUUAAAAAUAAUGGAAUUGACUUUAAACCUGCUUUUCAAAAGAAUGCUCUUGAAGCAAAUUCUCGUUCAAGCCGUUCAAGUCAAAACAAUACGGUUAGUAGUGGUAAAGAAGUGGGACAUUCAACUUCUUGGAAUACUAGUGGACAUUCUAAACAAGGAGAUAAGGGUCGUCGCUUUGGUGAUAGAGAAUUUAGUGAAAGAGAACGUACGCGUAGCUCAAACACAGAAUCUGAACAGGUUCCAGAAUGGAUGAAUGCUGGGCCAACUUCUGUUUUUGAUGUGAUUGAAUUGAAAGGAUUUGAUGAUGAUGAAGAACAACAAGAACAGCCAGCAGCUGAAAAAAAAAGAAAACGUUCCAAAGGAAGAAAAGAUUCAAAUAAUGGUAAUAAUCAUCUUAAAGCCAGUUCUGAAACUUAUACAGGCCCAACAACACAAAAAUCAUCUUCAACAUCAUCUCGUCAAAAAAGGCAUUCUAGUGGAGAUUGUGCACCAAACAAUAAUAAUAAAAAUAAUUCACGUCCGUCUUCUCGCAAUAAAACACCUCAAAGGACUGAUAGUUCGUUUAGUAAACAAUCUUCGCAUUCUCCUGUUAGGGUUAUACAGGCAGCAGAUUUGGAAUUAUCAAUACUUCGAGAACAUCAAGAAAAACUUGAAAAAGAAAAGAAGUCUUCAUCAACAACAAAAAUUGAAGAUUUAUCCACAACUUUUGAUUUAUUUGCAGCUUUGGGUAUACAACCACCUAAAGAGAAAGGGUCGGGUGAAAAAGGAAAUGAAAAUAAAUUACCAAAUUCUGAUGCUGAAUUUGCUGCUUGUAUUCUUGGUUUGCCUAUUGAUCAAAUUGCUAAAAUUAUGCCUAAUGUUAUCCCAUCAAUAAAUAAUAAUAAUGAUUCAAUACAACAAAAGCAUCAACAGCAGCAACAUCAACAACAAACAUUAGGAGAUCAUCAACCAACUACAAGUCGUUUACUUCGUUGGCAACAAAAAGCAACUUUUACAACAACAAAUUUAAAUACUGCUGCAAUAUCAGAAAAUAAUUUAAAUAAAAUUGGAGGAGGAGGGGGAGGAGAUGAAGAAUUGAAAAGUUUAAUAAGAAAGGAUUUGAUGAUGAAUAAUGAAGAAUCUACUACUAGUAAAAUGAACAAACAUUUGUUGUCUCUUCGAGCAGCACAAUUUGUUCCACAACAACCUUUUGUUUUCAAUCCCAGAAAUUCAUCUUCAUCACCAGCUCCAUCUUUUCAACAUCAACAACAUCAACAACCUUCACCAAUUUUAUCUCAACAACAUCAACAACAACAACGUCCAGCUAGUGCAGAAUAUUCUUCUCGUCUUUUUGCUUCAUCAUUUCCAUAUCCAAUAAUUGAUCAACAUUGUAGUCCACCACCUCAACUUACUCAAUUAUUUAAUUCUUCGGGAGCUGCUACAUUUGGUGGAGGUGGGGGAGGAGGAGGACCACCUUCCUUUGGAGGAGGAGGACCGCAUUUUGGAAGUGGAGGAAUUAAUCCUUUUGGAAGCGGUCAAUUUCCUGGUGGAAUGGGAGGAAAUCAAUACAACAAUCAACAGCAACAUCUUGGAGGUCCUCAUCAUCUUAACAACAAUUUUGGACCGCCUAUACCUCCAUAUGUUCCAAAUAUGCCUUUUACACCACCUUCACAUCAACAACAAUUUUAUCCUCCGUUUGGUGUGCCGACGGUUGGAGGAGGACCAGGGGGUCCAGGAUUUGGAGGAGGAAUGGGAGGUGCUGCUAGUGGUGGAGGUGGAAGUUUAACUUCAAACAAUUCUUCUGCUCUUUUACAAAAAAUGUUUGCUGAAGCAAAACGUAAUGAAUUUAUGCAAUCUCAAUCUGGUGGAAGAGCUAUGAUGAUUGGUGGUCCAUCUCAACAUCAUCUCAAUAACAAUUUUGCUCCCCAAUUACCUCCGUUUGCUCCAACAAUGCCGUUUACACCACCAACACAUCAUCAACAACCAUUUUAUCCUCCAUUCGGGGUUUCUGGGGGCGGCGGAGGACUUGGAGGAGGACCAGGAUUAAAUAAUCCAAAUAUUCCUCCAUAUCAUCCAAAUCGUCAACAAUCACCUUAUCAUUUAAUGAAUUUUCCUCCACCACUUGUAAAUACUCAACAGCAGCAACCGCAACAACAACAAAAAACGGUAACAACAACAACACAUCAUCAAAAUUUGCUCAAUUCACCUGCCUUUAUGCCAACAUCGGUAAUUCGACAAAUGUCAAAAAUGCCUGGAGGUGGUAGUUCUGUUAAUAGCGGUGGAGAUUCAGCUAGUGGAGUAGGCGGAGGUGUUGCUGUAACUGUUGGAGGAGGUGGAGGAGGAGGAACAAGCAGCAAUAUUUUUGCUGCUUCUGGAGGUAGUGGGGGUGGUGGUUUAACUUCAAACAAUUCUUCUGCUCUUUUACAAAAAAUGUUUGCUGAAGCAAAACGUAAUGAAUUGAUACAAUCUCAAUCAUCAUCUGGAAGAGCUAUUUUGGGACGUGAUCCAUAUUUGGAUGUUGGAAUUUUGACAACAACAACAGGUCAAGAAGCUCAAGGUAGUAUUAAUAUUACGACGACGACGACAACAAACCCAUCAUAAACAUUAAAUAUAUUUUAAUUAUUAUUUUAUUUUUUUUCUUCUUCUUGCUUUUAUUAUUAUUAUUUAAUUAUUUUUUUUGUUUUUUCUCCCUUUUAAAAAAUCUUAUUUAAAAAAAUUUUUGAUGAGAAAAUUUGAAGUCGUCAAAAAAAUUUAUUAUUAAAAUUGUGAUUGUCCACAUACGGGACACGCCCCCAAAUAGGCGCGCGGCAAAGUAGGCGCGCAAGGCUUUUAUCCCCCUCUCAUCUUCAAAACUUGCUGGAAAAUUUCUGGACUAAAUUUUGAAAAAUUCGGAAAUCUUGUAGCUUGACUUUGCGCCUACUUGGCCGCGCGCUAUUUGGGCCGAACCCUCUCCACAUAUUUUACUGGCUUUUUUCUCUCUAUUAUUAUUAUAUUGUUUUUGUGUGUUUUAAAAAAUGAAAAAUUUUAUUAUUUCCUUCAUCACCCCUCAUUUUCAAUCCCCCUCAACUUCAAUAAACACCUCUCUCUCUUCUAGGGAUGGCGGAUCCUGGGAAACCUCUGGAUAUCCAUAGCUUUUUUCUUUUGAUCUGAAAAUUUUGGGAUAUCCCGGGCAUUUUUCGGAUCCUGGGAUAUCUCCGGACAAUACGUGGGCGAAACAUGUUUUCGUUUGGUUAACGAGAAAUAAUAUUUUAAAAAUCUCGUUUCGGUUGAUCCGAAAAAAGUUUUUUUUUGAGUUUCGCCCAUAUCUCCUCUGUUACAGAUCCGUCAACCUUUUAUUAUUUAUACUUCUUUCUCGUCCUCCUAUUAUUAUUUUUUUUUUGUUCACAUUUGAAAAUAUAUUCUAGUAAAGUACCGUUAAAAUAGAUUUUAGAAAUUUUUUCUUUUAUAUUAAAAAUUUUGAUUUUUGGGUAAAAAAAUUGGAGAAAAAUAUAAAAAAAAAUUUUUUUUUUGUUGCACAUAUUUUAAAAUAAUAUUGAAAUAAAAAUAUUUCACAUUUGUAGAUUCAGAAUUAAAAAAAUAUUUUUGACAAGAAUAUUGGGGGAAAUUAAAAGAAUUUUUCAAAAUUUUUUAAUUAUUUAUUUCGCUACUAUCCCCUCCAAGACUGUCAAUAUCAGCAUUUAAUGUUGAGGGGCUUUGUGCUGCCAAUUCUGAAGAUCCUGUAUUCCGUCGAGAUCGCAUGCUUCCAGUACCACUGAUUGAUCGGGCAUAAUCAGAAAUCUAAAUUGUGUGUUAUUCUGAUUUUUAAGUUGAAGGUUCUGAUUUGUUCUGGUUUUUAAAACUGAUCUAAAGUUCUGAUUUGUUCUGAUUUCUAAAAUUCUGAUCUAAAAUUCUGAUAUUAAAUUCUUAAAUUCUGACUUGUUCUGAUUUUAAAAUUCUGAUUUUUAAAAAAAUUCUGAUUUGUUCUGAUUUAUAAAAUUCUGAUAUAAAAUUCUGAUUUUUGUUCUCAAUUUCCUGUUUCUCCUUAGUUCAUAACCUACUUUAACAUUUCCUCCACCGGGUACAUGAGUUAUAUUGUCGAGUGAACCAACUUUAGAGUUUGCCUUUACUUUUACAGGUUCAU